GUUCAGGUCACAAGGUCCGGGAACCCACUCACAAUAACACAGGCGUGGGCUUCCUUUUAAGCAAGAUUAUAUUAAUUUCGGAGGCACCGUCUUUGUGUUUGCCUUAAUAAGUCAAUGCACCUGAAUUAAGAACAGGGAAAAAUAUAGAACGUUGCAUCAUACUUGAUUUCUACUAGCCACGUAGAAAAGUUGACUUCGGCAUUAUACGACAUUAGCAUCCGUAUAUCUUAUUGAACUUAAAGCAUAUAUUUGCUCAUUUUGCACCUGCUCAACCCAGGCGGGUGCGUUAUUCCUCCUUUUGACGCAUGCCCGGUGGGAACAUAAUGGUUAGAGAAAUUGAUGUGUCGUUUGGAAACCCGCGGAACCACAGUAUGUGAUACAACCGGCAGGAACUAGUGCAAAAAGUCUUGGGAUGCCGCAGGUCGACCAGCGACAUAGUGCCAUCUGCUCCGACACUCCAAACGUACGGAAAUCGCAAUACUUUUUUUAAUACGUGCGUUCAUCAUAGCAACUUAGACAUAGACUGGCAAAGUGACCGAUGGAGAGUCCCAACAUGAAAGGCAGUACAGCGUGGGUAGGUGUGAUGUUUCUGUUAGCUUCUGCAACCUUUGAGAGUCUGUCCAACGAGUUUGUCACCCUCUCUGGUAAUGAAGGGAUUCCAGGACUUCAGAUUCUGUUUCUCAACCGACUUUCUCUUUUGAUCAUGGUCGCUGCAGCUUGGCCAAUUGUCAGGCCUACAGUGACGGGGCUAACAGGUUACAAACAGAUCGGACUUUUCCUUCUCGUCACUGCGUCUCAUAACUUGGAAUACGCACUCGCGUUCAUAGCGCUAACCUUCGCAGAUCCAGGGAUCGCUCACACCAUACGUAAAGGAACGAAGACAGUUCUAACAGCCAUCCUCGGUUUUUAUUUCCUUGGAGAAGUUCUCGGGCUGUUGGAUUGCUUCGGCAUAUUCCUGAACUUCGUCGGUGUCGCUGUUAUCGGAUAUUGUCUGAUAUUUGGAAGAAAACCCGUCAGGUCGAACGUUUUGACAUUUCUUCUGCCAACGUUGGCGGCGGCCGUAGGAGCACCUCUAACCUUGCUCGACAAGAUUCUAAUUGACAUGAAAGAGUUUCACAUGCUUGUCCUCCUGCUCGGCAUCUCGGCAUCGGGAUGUCUCUACCUACCCGCACUGACCUACGCUUUCGAGAACCCCGUGUGGAACAUGUCUGUGCAAACUGUGGGGUACCUCAUCGGCGUUAACGUGACCUACACUCUGGCGAUAGUGACGUGGUACUGUGGCAUUCGGUUGGAGGAUGCGGGCGUGUCCACUGCCAUCAAAGUCAUCACCGUUCCCAUCACCAUCGCCCUGGACUAUUUCUUUCUGUCUAAGAUUCCAAGUACGAUUAAACUUGUAGGCGGGGCGCUAGCUUUUGCGGGCUCGGUGAUCAUAAGCGUGGUCACUAUUCGUAGACACCGGAAAACUGAAAAGAGGGCCGAACUAAUGGAAGAACUCGGCUUUGAUCCCCCCAUAGAAGACAAGUGAUGUCUACGCCAUGUCUUACACCUUGCUCCUGUGGAUGUGAAGAAUGUUAUUUGUAAUUUUUAGACGUUGCUGUUAAUCAGUGAGUUUUAAAGGAGAAUUGCUAAAUACAUACUGUAGAUAAUGAUUCAGCAGCAACUGGAUAUGAUUUUGGAAACGGUGAGAUGUUUAAGUUAGCAUUCACUAUAUUUCGUCAGUGACACUGAGCAGAUCUGUCGAAGAGCACACAGUGAUGCCGUUGUUUAGCUCCUGUCAGCCCCGCAUUUGGUUAUAUACAGUGGAACAAUGAUGGUGAAAUGUAGUAAAUCGGGCUCGGCAAUAUGGUCAUAGGAACUCAUGUAUGUAGUCAUGUUUGUUUGGGUUCUGCCUGCUGCCACUUUAUAAUAUUUGAACACAACAUUCCAUUACUGCACAGAUUGGUGGCAUGUUUAAGUCAGCAAUAAAAACAAACAAGUCUUUGUUGUCCAACUAUGUACUAUAGUGACCAUUUGAUUAUAGAAACAGAAAUACCCAGGAUCGUGUGUUGUGUCU